UUUUGACUACUGGGGAAAAGGCACAAUGGUGACCGUCACCUCAGCCACUUCAACUGGACCAACUGUGUUUCCUCUGAUGCAAUGUGGUUCUGGGACUGGAGACAUGGUCACUCUUGGCUGCCUUGCCACCGGCUUCACACCCUCCUCACUGACCUACGCAUGGAGCAAAAACGGGGCGGCCUUGACGGACUCCAUUCAGUACCCUCCAGUACAGAAAGGCGACGUUUAUACGGGAGUCAGUCAAAUCCGAGUGAGGAGACAGGACUGGGACGCCAGGGAGUCUUUCCGAUGUGCCGUGACACAUCCAGCAGGAAAUGAACAGGCUGAUUUCAGAAAACCAAGCCAGCGGGUUGUCUCACCAAACAUCACAUUACACCCUGUCUGGGAAGGUGAAUUCGGAGCCUCACCAGUCAGACUCAUCUGCACCCUAAGUGGCUUCUUUCCAGACAAACUGAAUGUGACGUGGCAACGGGACAACACAUCUCUAGACGGGCAAAUCCAAAGGAAGCUGCAGAGUGUGGAGGGAGUGGAGAAAACCUUCAGUCUAAGCAGUGAGAUUGAGCCAAAUAUGACAGAGUGGGCAGAUGGCUCAAGUUUUACAUGCAUAUCCAUUCACAACAACAGUGAAUUUAGAAAAACAAUAAGUAUUUGUCAAAUCCAUUCAAGAGCCGCUCCUUCCAUUCAUGUGGAGAUUCCCAGCUUCAAGACAGUAAUGAUGUCAGCGUCUGAGGUGAAGGCAACAUGUUCCCUCCGCACCGUGUUUGACGCCAAGGUGACCUGGCUGAUGGAUGGGAAACUUCCAUCCAGAGACCAAGUGAACAAGGUCACAAACACAACUCAUUUAAUAAGCACUCUGACGGUUUCCUUGAAUCAGUGGAAACAACUGAAGCUUCUAAACUGUAAAGCUGAACAUCGCUGCUUCUCAUCCGCUGAGGAGACAACAAAUGUGUCAAGGCCUGCAGUUACAGCUCCAUCAGUGGAGAUCAGGAGAUCGCUCCCAGAUUUGCUGAAGGGAAACAGUGCUGUGCUGGAGUGUGACAUCACACAACUCUCCUCCAGUGACCUCUACGUCACCUUUCAGGCCAACAGUGUUGAUAUUUCUGACAAACAGUAUGUUGAUCUCCCUGAAGCCCCAGGCCUCCAUUCGGUCAGUAGACGCUUCACUGUCCCUCCAAGUCACUGGAAGAAAGACACAAGUUUCACCUGCAAAGUGAAUCAAGGCUUCUCCAGCAACUUUGAGUCAAACUCUACUGGCAAAAUUUUUGUGGACCCAUCAGUGGAGCUCCUUCUGGUCCCCAGUAAAGAGUCAGGACCACAGAGGCUCGUUUGCUCUGGAUGGGGCUUCGACCCUCAAAUUAAAUGGUUUUCUGAGUCUCAGCAAAGAUCUCCAUCAACUAAUGACAUCAGCAUGGGUGCAGAUGGACGUGUGGCAGUAACCAGUCAACUUCAUAUCCCCCAAACAGAGUGGAAAACAGGGAAGGGCUUCACUUGCAAAGUGUCUGACAAGUCUCUGAACAAAAGUGUCAGAAGGGACAUCAGCCUCUGCUCAGCUUAUUCAAGCGCCGCUCCUUCCAUUCAUGUGGAGAUUCCCAGCUUCAAGACAGUAAUGAUGUCAACAUCUCAGGUGAAGGCAACAUGUUUGGUCCGCACUGUAUUUGAUGCCAAGGUGAGCUGGCUGAUGGAUGGGACAGUCUCUCCCAGUAACACAGUGAGCCGGGACACAAACACAACUCAUAUAAUCAGUAAUGUGACGCUUUCGUCAAGCCAGUGGAAACGACUGAAGCAUAUAACAUGCAGAGCAGAACAUGACUGCUUCUCAUUCACUGAAAAGACCGUAAAAGUCGCAGGGCCUGCAGUUACAGCUCCAUCAGUGGAGAUCAGGAGAUCGCUCCCAGAUUUGCUGAAGGGAAACAGUGCUGUGCUGGAGUGUGACAUCACACAACUCUCCUCCAGUGACCUCUACGUCACCUUUCAGGCCAACAGUGUUGAUAUUUCUGACAAACAGUAUGUUGAUCUCCCUGAAGCCCCAGGCCUCCAUUCGGUCAGUAGACGCUUCACUGUCCCUCCAAGUCACUGGAAGAAAGACACAAGUUUCACCUGCAAAGUGAAUCAAGGCUUCUCCAGCAACUUUGAGUCAAACUCCACUGGCAAAAUUUUUGGGACCCAUCAGUGGAGCUCCUUCUGGUCCCCAGUAAAGAGUCAGGACCACAGAGGCUCGUUUGCUCUGGAUGGGGCUUCGACCCUCAAAUUAAAUGGUUUUCUGAGUCUCAGCAAAGAUCUCCAUCAACUAAUGACAUCAGCAUGGGUGCAGAUGGACGUGUGGCAGUAACCAGUCAACUUCAUAUCCCCCAAACAGAGUGGAAAACAGGGAAGGGCUUCACUUGCAAAGUGUCUGACAAGUCUCUGAACAAAACAGUUGAAAAGGAAAUCAGCCUCUGUUCAGUAACUCCAGCAUCAUCUCAGAUAGUUGGCGUAUACGUUCAGGGACCACCACUCCAGGAGCUUCAGCGCCAGGGACAGGUGACUGUCACCUGUCUUCUGAUCGGCCCUUCUCUUAAUGAUUUCUCCAUCCACUGGAAAGUAGGUGGGAUCAAAUAUUCUCUCAAUGUCCACACGGAGCCACCGGUGAGUCACAGCAAUGGGACAGAGUCUUUACGGAGCUUCCUCAAUGUGUCAGCGGAGGACUGGCAUGCAUAUAAACAAGUGUCUUGUGAGGGAAAGCACCGAUGUUCCAACCAGAGCUACGAGGACCAUAUAAGCAAAAGCAGAGACCUGUAUCCACCAACAGUGAAAAUAAUACAACCAACUGCCUCUGAGCUGUCUACAUCAGACGUCCUCACACUUAUUUGCCUAGUUUCUGGAUUUUUCCCAUCUAACAUCAUAGUGUACUGGGAGGAGAAUGGCCAGAGACUCCCUUCAACUCGCUACACCAACAGUCCUGCCUGGAAAUACACAGGGAGCAGCACUUAUUCAAUGAGCAGCAGACUAAACGCAUCCAAAACUGAGGACAAGCAGUCUACGUAUUCUUGUGUUGUCAGACAUGAGUCAUCUGAAACGCUGCUUGAAAGCACUAUAAAGGAUGUGUUUGCCACAGAGCCCUACAGUGAACCUUCAGCCACCUUGCUCCAGGGCUCUGGUGAACUUGUGUGCCUGGUCUUUGGCUUCAGCCCUGCAUCCAUUAACAUCACUUGGUUUGAUGACACCAAGGAACUGUUGGACUACAACACUAGUGAACCCCACAGAGGCCCAAACGGAAAGUUCAGCAUCCAAAGCCACCUCCGUCUGUCCCAAGUCAACUGGUUACCUGGGGCAGUCCUCACCUGCAGGGUGACACAUGCAAACACCACCCAAUCCCUGAAAAUAGCUAAACCAGAUAUCUUGGAGGACUGUCUUUUCUUAGAUGACAUCAUGCAUGCUGAUGUGAGCCAAGACAUCGAUGUGGAAAACUGGUAUAUGGCUUUCACUUUCCUCCUUUUUUUCCUCAUCUCCAUCAUCUAUGGUGUCUUGGCUACCGUGAUUAAGACUAAAUGACCCCAGGACAGAUCCCAUUUUAUGAUCCAAAUGUGAAUUUUUGAUGGCAUAUGGCCUUACUGGUUUUAAAGUGUAAUUGAUGCAUUUUCUUUCUUUUUUUAUAUUUCUAUUAUUCUAUUCUAUAGAAUUGGUUUAUACUAUAUUCCAUUGUUUUUAUAUGUCAGUUAUAUAUUUGGUGUGGCAGGUAUGUAAUGCAUGUGUGUAAGAGGAAAUUAGACUUUGAGAUUCAAAUACCAAUGUAAUGUAACAAAUAUUCUGUCACUGGACUCAUUCUUACAUUUAGAAAAAUAAAGAUUCAAAUAUGGAAAACAAA